AUGACGGCCGAUACCCCUGGGUCGCUCAGCACUCCCGGCGGCAUUUCUGACCCCGGACUCAUCAAACUGGUCAACCGACUGCAGGAUGUCUUCACCACCGUCGGCGUCAACAACCCCAUCGAUCUGCCGCAAAUAGUCGUUGUGGGCAGCCAGUCCAGCGGGAAGAGCUCAGUAUUAGAAAAUAUCGUCGGCCGCGACUUCCUACCCCGCGGUUCCGGCAUCGUUACCCGACGCCCGCUCGUCCUCCAGCUCAUCAACCGGCCAGCCCAGUCGCACGCGAACGGUGUCGGUGUCGAGAAGCAGCUGGCCGACAGCACCGACAAGGCGGCCAACGCGGAGGAGUGGGGCGAGUUCCUGCACAUCCCAGGCCAGAAAUUCUUCGAUUUCAACAAGAUCCGCGAUGAGAUCAACCGGGAGACCGAGGCCAAGGUCGGCCGGAACGCCGGCAUCUCGCCCGCCCCGAUCAACCUGCGCAUCUACUCGCCCAACGUGCUCAACCUCACCCUCGUCGACCUGCCCGGCCUGACGCGGGUGCCCGUAGGCGACCAGCCGCGCGACAUCGAGAGGCAGAUCCGCGACAUGAUUCUCAAGUACAUCCAGAAGUCGAACGCCAUCAUCCUUGCCGUGACGGCCGCUAACGUCGAUCUGGCCAACUCGGACGGUCUGAAGUUGGCCAGGGAGGUCGACCCCGAGGGCCAGCGGACAAUCGGCGUGCUCACCAAGGUCGACCUGAUGGACGAGGGCACCGACGUGGUGGACAUCCUGGCGGGGCGUAUCAUCCCCCUCCGGUUGGGCUACGUCCCGGUGGUGAACCGCGGCCAGAGGGAUAUCGACAACAAGAAGCCCAUCAACGCCGCGCUCGAGGCCGAGAAGAACUUCUUCGAGAGCCACAAGGCGUACCGGAACAAGAGCUCGUACUGCGGCACGCCCUACCUGGCUCGGAAGCUCAACCUCAUCCUGAUGAUGCACAUCAAGCAGACCCUGCCGGACAUCAAGGCCCGCAUCUCCAGCUCGCUGCAGAAGUACACGCAGGAGCUCGAGUCGCUGGGGCCGUCGAUGCUCGGCAACAGCGCCAACAUCGUGCUGAACAUCAUCACCGAGUUCACCAACGAGUGGCGCACGGUGCUGGACGGCAACAACACAGAGCUGUCGAGCACCGAACUCUCGGGAGGCGCCAGAAUCAGCUUCGUCUUCCACGAGCUGUACUCGAACGGCGUCAAGGCGGUGGACCCUUUCGACCAGGUCAAGGACGUCGACAUCCGCACCAUCCUGUACAACUCGUCCGGCGCCUCACCCGCGCUGUUCGUGGGCACCACCGCCUUUGAGCUGAUCGUCAAGCAGCAGAUCAAGCGGCUGGAGGAGCCCAGCUUGAAGUGCGCGUCGCUCGUGUACGACGAGCUGGUGCGCAUCCUCUCGCAGCUCCUCAGCAAGCAGCUGUACCGGCGGUACCCGCAGCUAAAGGAGAAGAUCCACGCCGUGGUAAUCGCCUUCUUCAAGAAGGCCAUGGAGCCGACGAACAAGCUGGUGCGGGAUCUGGUCGCCAUGGAGGCAUGCUAUAUCAACACGGCGCACCCUGAUUUCCUGAACGGUCACCGGGCCAUGGCGAUCGUCAACGAGAGGCACAACCCGCCGCGGCCGGUGCAGGUCGACCCCAAGACGGGAAAGCCCCUGGCCGCCACGCCGGCGCGCGCAGGCAGCCCGACACCGGGCGGCAGCGCCGACUCGGAACAGUCGAACACGGGCUUCUUCGGCAGCUUCUUUGCCGCCAAGAACAAGAAGAAGGCUGCCGCCAUGGAGCCGCCACCGCCGACGCUCAAGGCUUCGGGGACGCUGUCGGAGCGGGAGGGCAUCGAGGUGGAAGUUAUCAAGCUGCUCAUCUCGUCUUACUUCAACAUCGUCAAGCGGACCAUGAUCGACAUGGUCCCCAAGGCGAUCAUGCUGAACCUCGUCACCUAUACCAAGGACGAGAUGCAGAAGGAGCUGCUCGAGAACAUGUACCGCCAGAGCGAGCUCGACGACCUGCUCAAGGAGAGCGACUACACGAUCCGCCGCCGCAAGGAGUGCCAGCAGAUGGUCGAGUCGCUGACCCGCGCGAGCGAGAUUGUCAGCCAGGUGCAGUGA